AUGAAGUCGAUGUCGAGUCGAAGAUCAACCAAAUUAGGCCGAACCCCUGUAUCGAUACACAACACGUCUUGGUUCGUUCUCGGCAAGACUUGGUUUAGUUCCUUUGAUCACCAAU